AUGUCUGCCGAGAACGACCACGGCUUCCGCCAGAUCGAGCCCAUGCCCAGGACCUUCCUGUCCCUGGCGCCCGCCGUGUCCAACUCGUACCCGUCCUCGCAAAGCAUCAAGCCCGCGACCUCCAUGGCGCGCCGCAGCUCGAGCCUGAGCAGCGCCGGCAGCAUGAAGAUUCUCAAGCUGGGCCCUGUUCACUGGGGCGAGCACGUUGACGAGCACAAGGACGACUUUCACGAGGGUGGUGGGUGCAACAAGGCGCGCGACCUGGCGGACGCCCACGACCACAAACCCAGCGCGGCGUGGGGGGCUCAGGGUUGUAAUUGGCCCGAGUUCUCUCAGUAG